AUGACCUUUAUAAUUAAUAACUUUGUUGUUAAGGGAGUUACAAUACAGCCGUCAUAUCGACUUAUUUCAUGCGCGAGUCAUUUGGGACAAACAAUCGACAGUGGCCAUUACGUAUGCGAUUUUUGGUGUAACGAAUCAAAAAAAUGGUUUCUUUGUAACGAUGAAUCGAUCCAACAAGUUGACGAACUGUCGGUCCAAAAGAAAAGUACUACUGGAUACGUUUAUUUCUACCUCAAGAACUGUUCGAAAGUGAAUGAUCAUGAAGGAAGGAUCAAGACAUAUUUCGAUUUGUCGCUGUCUUAA